AUGAUACCUUCCGAAGAAGCAAACACUGCCCUCAAUGAUACUUUGAAAGAUGUUCAAUCCCUCAUCAAACGAUGUAUGAAGUUAAAAGAAGGCGAUUCAGUGACGGUGUUGGCAUUGUUGGAUGAGAUUGUGAGGUGCUUGGCAAAAGAUUUAAAACUCUAUGGAGGGAGUGCAACAUCAUUCUCUCCACAGCUGCUGUCAUGUGCAGUGGUCAUACGGCAGUACACUACAGGUGGCAUGUUUACAUCGUCACUGGACUGGACAACCAUCGGCAACAAUGACCCACACAUCAAGGAUCAUCCACGUUUCCAGAAGACUAUACAUUAUCGAGCUCCUACUGGUUCCAAAAAGACGGAACAUGAACUUGCCUCUCUUGCCCAGAUGGAUGUACGACAAGCUGUCUUAUCAUUUCCAUCACUUGACAGUCCGGAAGGCAGUCCCAGGGCUGAUAUCCAGACUCCCAUAAAGCUUCUCCCCAGCAUGGAGAAACCUCAACAUGUGAUUUCCUUGGAAACUGUUGGCCUCGGAACCGAUCACUGCUCUGCCCAUGUCAACGGUGCCCGCAAGGACGCCAGAGAAGACUGUUUUGACCCCCCGCCAACUUUAACAAAGACCAUGGAACAGCUCAUUCCAGUGCCCACAUCAACGGCGCCAGCGAGGACGCCGGAGACGACUGUGCUGACUCCCUCGCCAACUUUCACAAAGGCCUUGGAACCUCUCACUCCUCUGCCCAUAUCAAUUGCGACCGCGAAGUCACCGGAGCAGUCUGUUGUGACUUGGGACCCAAAGACAUGGGAGAAGACUCACAGACAACAUCGUAAUGAUAAAAAAAGGCAAGUGGAAGAUGAUGUUGCCGACGAAACAGAUAUCAUACAUAGGCCUGCCCCAUGUCCAUUAUCCUGGCAACCAAAAAGGAAGAAGAAGUUUAUGUCAGAUGAUGAAGAGGAGACCCGGCCCCAUGGAACUAUAUAUGUAGCACGGAAGCAGCACACAUCAUCAUCAAUGGCUAGUGCAGUUGCAACAGGGUCAAAUGCAAUGUCCUCUGAUGUGGUCGGUGAUAAGGGUUUCUGGGAUGUAGACACCAGGCCUGCCGGAUGGGGUAGGGAUUCCACCAUUGCCACUGCGGCAGAGUAUUCCAUUCGUCACCACCCCCGGAAGUGUGACAAAUGCAUGAAAUUAGAUGUACCUUGUAUCAUCCUCCUGGAUAAGAAGUACGGCUUCACAAGACUCGCAUGCGUGAACUGCGACAAGAUGAAGAUCACUUGUGCAAUUGAUGGUGUCGGUGUCUGGGAGAGGUUGCAGGCAAAGGCUAAGUCAACAGACACUGCUGUACCCCCUCCCACCAAACAUUCUAAGACUCGAGCCCACAAGUUGUGGGCUGCCAAAUCACAGGCUAAACAUGUCCCGUCCAAGAAAGCACGACCAACAACUAGAUUCUCCCGUGCUGAGAAGAAGGUUGUACAUCAUUUGUUGGACGCAAAACCCAAUGUGCUGCAAUUGGAGCCUGUGUUGGCCCCGGCAACUGCCAAUUCAUCGACAUGCAUCUGGGAGACACAAGUCAGCUCAUCCGCACCCGGAAACCCACCGGAGCCUGAGCCAUCUGCAAGGGACAUCUUGCAUAGCAUACACGAUCUCGGCAAGCGUUCUGAUCUUCUUGCUAUGAACGAGCAGGUGGAUGCAAUGGACGAGAGGUUAGACUCGGUGGAGGAACAACUUGAUAUCAGAUUGACUGUGCUGGAGCAACGGUUAAGCACAUCGGCCGAGCAGUGGAAAGCAACCUCGUCGACUGUGGGCAAUUUGUCCAUGAGCGUUCAGAAACAUAUAAAUGAUGUUGCCAUUCGUCGGCCUCGGGAGCAUGUUGGUGGACGUAUAGCAUCACAACAAGACAAUGCAUCACUUCUGCCAUGGACAUUCCGAAAUGCUGGUAGCGGAAAUGAAGAUAUCGCUCUCUCUCAUAUAGGGAGGCCAGCUCAUGGACUGACAGAACAUGGUAAUAUAAGAAGGGCACACUAUUCUGGGAGGUCAACAUCCGCUGCUCAAAUACUGGGCGUAUCACUUUCGUUGUUGUCCUCACCUCUUUCCUCUCGAUUCUCAAGUGCACCGCCCGAGGCAGCUCAUAUCAUACUUGUAUUUCUACCGUGA